AGAUUCAGGAUGACUUUAGAGGUGGAAAAAUUAACUUAGAAAAAACUCAGAACUUACUUGAAAAAUUAGAUAUUCAAUGCAAUACUACUCAUGUGAAGCAUAUUUUUAAGUAGGAUAAUGACCGACUGAGACAAGGAAGAAUCACCAUAGAAGAAUUUAGAGCAAUUUAUCGAAUUAUUGCAUACCGAGAAGAAAUUAUUGAGAUUUUCAACACAUAUUCUGAAAACCGGAAAAUUCUUUUUGAAAGGAAUUUGAUUCAAUUUCUGAUACAAGAACAAUAUAUGAUUGAGAAAAGUAAAACUACUGCUUUAGAGAUCAUUCAGAAAUAUGAACCCAUUGAAGAAGUUAGGAAAGAGCAACAGAUGUCAGUUGAAGGUUUUACAAGAUACAUGGCUUCGCCUGAAUGUCUACUAUUUAAACAUGAAUGUGGAAGAGUUUAUCAAGAUAUGACCCAUCCAUUAAAUGAUUAUUUUAUUUCAAGUUCACAUAACACAUAUUUGGUAUCUGAUCAAUUAGUGGGACCAAGUGACCUUUGGGGAUAUAUAAGUGCCCUUGUGAAAGGAUGUCGUUGCCUGGAAAUUGACUGCUGGGAUGGAGCACAAAAUGAACCUGUUGUAUACCAUGGCUAUACACUCACCAGUAAGCUUCUGUUUAAAACUGUUAUCCAAGCAAUACACAAAUAUGCAUUCAAGACAUCUGAGUACCCAGUGGUGCUGUCUCUAGAAAAUCACUGCUCCCCUUCUCAACAAGAAGUGAUGGCAGAUAUUUUGCAGACUAUUUUUGGAGAGUCCCUGCUUUCUGAUAUGCUUGAUGAUUUUCCAGAUAGACUACCUUCACCAGAGGCACUAAAAUUCAAAGUAUUAGUUAAGAAUAAGAAAAUAGGAACCUUAAAGGAAACCCACGAAAGGAAAGGUUCCGACAAACGGGGUAAGGUGGAGGAAUGGGAAGAGGAAGUGCCAGAUCUGGAUCUAGAGGACGAUGAAUCCAAAGAAUUAGAAAUAUCUGAUAAUAUUUUAAAAGACGAUCAAGACACGGAAACUGAGGCAAAAAAGGCACGCGGAGUAACACUUUUCAAGAAAAAGAAGACCAGGAAGGUAAAAAUUGCUCUGGCCUUAUCUGAUCUUGUCAUUUAUACUAAACCUGAGAAGUUCAGAAAUUUUCAAUAUUCAAGACUGCAUCAACAAUUUAAUGAAAAUAAUUCUAUUGGGGAGUCACAAGCCCGAAAACUUUCAAAGUUGAAAGUCCAUGAGUUUAUUUUUCACACCAAGAAGUUCAUUACCAGAAUAUAUCCCAAAGCAAUAAGAGCGGACUCUUCUAAUUUUAAUCCUCAAGAAUUUUGGAAUAUAGGUUGUCAAAUGGUGGCUUUAAAUUUCCAGACCCCUGGUCUGCCUAUGGACCUACAGAAUGGGAAAUUUUUGGAUAAUGGCAGUUCUGGAUAUAUUUUAAAACCACAAUUCCUAAGAGAUGUUAAAUCAAACUUUAGCCCAAAUCAAGUAAAAGACACCAGCCCAAUUACACUUACAAUAAGGCUCAUCAGUGGUAUCCAGUUGCCUAUUAUUAACUCGUCAUCUAACAAAACUAACACAUUAGUGAUUAUAGAAGUUUUUGGUGUGCCAAAUGAUCAGAUAAAGCAGCAGACUCGUGUAAUUAGAAACAAUGCUUUCAAUCCAAGAUGGAAUGAAACAUUUACAUUUAUUAUUCAAGUACCAGAAUUGGCAUUGAUACGUUUUGUUGUUGAAAAUCAAGCCUUAAUAGGAGGAAAUGAAUUUCUCGGGCAAUAUACUUUACCACUUCUUUGCAUGAACAAAGGUUACCGUCGUGUUCCUCUCUUUUCCAGAACGGGUGAGAGUCUUGAGCCUGCUUCGCUGUUUGUUUAUGUUUGGUAUGUUAGAUAACAGCUAAUAGUACCUGACAUUUUGUUAGCUAUACAUCGCAAUAAAAUGGUUAAAAUGAA